AUGGCUCUUCUAGUUGACAAGCUGCGCCCGCGCUCUUUGGACGCUCUCUCGUACCACCACGAUCUGUCCGCACGCUUAAAGUCCCUAGCUCAAAGCGGAGACUUCCCUCACCUCCUCGUCUAUGGACCCUCCGGCGCGGGCAAGAAAACCCGUGUGAUCGCAACGCUGAAGGAAUUGUACGGUCCCGGAGUCGAAAAGAUCAAGAUCGACGCCCGAGUCUUCCAGACGACGAGUAAUCGGAAACUGGAAUUCAACAUCGUCUCUUCCAUCUAUCACCUUGAGAUCACGCCGUCUGACGUCGGCAACUAUGACCGCGUCGUUGUCCAAGAACUUCUAAAGGAGAUCGCGCAGACCCAACAGGUCGAUCUCUCGGCGAAGCAGCGGUUCAAGGUCGUCGUGAUCAACGAGGCGGAUCAUCUUACUCGCGAUGCACAAGCAGCUCUGAGACGGACCAUGGAGAAAUACAGUCCUAAUAUGCGGUUGAUUUUGCUGGCUAACAGCACUUCUAACAUCAUUGCCCCCAUUCGCUCGCGAACCCUGCUGGUUAGGGUUGCCGCGCCAACAGAAGAGCAAAUAUGUUCUGUCUUGACUAAUGCGGGUAAGAGGGAAGGAUGGCCUGAGGCAAGUGGGUUGAACAAGAGGAUAGCGAAAGACAGUCAACGAAAUCUUCGCCGGGCGCUACUUAUGUUCGAGGCCGUCUAUGCUCAAAGCGAGAAAGUGACGGAUAAUACGCCCGUUCCCCCGCCUGACUGGGAAGCCCUCAUUUCCUUGACUGCCGACGAAAUUCUGGCUGAGCGGUCACCUGCUAGAUUGUUGCAGGUUCGCGCGCGGUUGUAUGACCUGUUGACGCAUUGCAUACCGCCUACUACCAUUAUCAAGACACUCACGUUCAAACUCAUUGCGAAGGUUGAUGACGCGCUGAAGCCCGACGUGAUCAAGUGGUCGGCGUUUUAUGAGCACAGAAUCAAGCAAGGCAGCAAAGUUAUCUUCCACCUUGAAGCGUUUGUUGCCAAAUUUAUGCGUAUUUAUGAAAGUUACUUGAUGGGUAUGGACUUUUAA